GAACUUUUUGCCACAUGAAGAGGACGUAGACUUCAUCAAUGAGUACGUGACCCUCCACAAUGAACUCCGGGGCAACGUUUACCCUAGAGGGUCUAACCUACGCUUCAUGUUGGAAUUUUCUGUGACCCCACAACUCUUGCACACUGGAUGCCUACAAAACCAGCAUCACAUGGAUAAUGCCAGGUCUACAGCUGACUCGAGCAGUAUCUGGCUCCACUUGGAUCAUGGCUGCAGUAUCCUCUGAGUGCCUAUACAGCCGAGAAUGACUUGGGAUGUAGCGUUAUCACGAACUGCUAGAGCAUGGGGGAAAAAGUGUGUGUUUAAGCCUAAUAGUCAUUUAGAAGAAAUACAUAUGGCCCAUCCUACAUUUAAUGGUAUUGGUGAAAAUAUGUGGGUUGGCCUUGAGAAUGAAUUUACUGCAACUACUGCUAUCAGAAGUUGGUAUGCAGAGAAGAAAUAUUAUAAUUUUGAAGAUGGAAGCUGCUCUAAAAACUGUUCUUAUUAUAAGCAGCUUGUUUGGGAUAACUCUUACAAAGUUGGUUGUGCUGUUACUCCAUGUGCAAGAAUUGGAAACAUUAUACAUGCAGCAAUUUUCAUAUGCAAUUAUGCACCAGGAGGAGCUCUGUCAAGAAGGCCUUAUGAACCAGGAGUAUUUUGUACUCGUUGUGGCAACCGUGACAGAUGCACAGAUUAUCUAUGCAGUAAUGCAGAUCGUGACCAAGCUAUAUAUUACCACUACUGGUAUCCACGUUGGGAAGUGCCCCGGCCGAUUGUAUGUGAUCCACUCUGCAUAUUUGUUUUAUUACUGAGACUGCUGUUUUUUAUUAUGUGUGUCAUAAUUGUUUUGAUAGUACAACCUUAUUUUCCAAAUAUUUUGUUGGAACAACAGAUGGCAUUUACUCCUGAAUUGUCUAAAAUAGAAAUAAGAAAAGAAAAGGGAGAAGAUGAAAAGAAAAUAGAAGAGGAAGAGGAAGAGGAAGAAGAAAAGGAAGAGGACGAGCAGGAUGAAGACGACUGAUCCUUAACAUGAACCAAAACUAUAGCAUUUUAAAAAGAAAAAAAAAAAAAAAAAAAGAAAAAAAAUCUUUAAAAACACUGAGAUUUAACAAGAAAAUAUACAAUCCACUAUGGCAAUAUUUUUUAUCUUCUCUUUCCUAUACUCAUUCAACAAAUUUAAAUUUGAAAAACAACAAAAAAGCAAGUACUAUUAUUACUAUUAAUGUAUUAUAUAGGAAAUAUUAAGACAAGCUCUUAGGUAAAGAUGUGAUAAUAGGAACUAAAAGGAGAUUUGACCAGCCUAAUUAAUCUUAAGAUUUUACAAUGGUGUCCUGAUAAAGGAGGUAAUUUAUGUUUUCUGAAUAUGUCUCCAUCUCUGUGUUUUAAAUAUUGUUUUACAUGAGGUGAUAAAUUUCUCAAGUAUUAGACAAGAUUUAAUAAGGUUUUCCAGACCCUUUCAAGUUCAGAAAAGACAUUUAAUAAAUAUUGGCUUGUUUGUUUUAA